UCGUAAUAGAAACAGACAAAUGUCAAAUUUUUAAGGAUGCUGAAAUGCAAGAAAGUUUGUUGAUUUGAUGCUGUGAUUGUGAUAAAUUAGGGAAAAACCAAAUACUUUUGUUUCAUUUAUUAUAUUCAAUAUAUUAAUUUGUGGAAUACCAAUCAAAUCAAAUGGAAGUUAAACAAGAAGUUAGUGAACAUAGGUAUAAAAUAGAAAUAGAUAAUAAUGGGGUGAAUGACGCUCUUCUGGAUACCGUUAAAACUGAGAUUAAGGAGGAACCCCAGACUGAAGUUACACACGAUUCAUUUGAUUAUUUAAACUUGGAGGAGUUUCCUUUAAAGACAGAACUAAAAUACGAUGAAGAUAAACUGUGUCCCCUUGAAGUUAAAGAAAGUGUCAUAUAUGAAGAUACAGCAACUGAUGAAUGCAACGAAUUAAAAGAUCACGUUAUAAGUAAGCAAUUGACCCAAUGUACAACUACCGUAAAGAAAGAAAACGCUGUAGAAAAACCUUUUGAAUGUGAAAUAUGCACCAAACAGUUUUCGUACAGAUCUCACUUGAAAAUUCAUAUGAUAACUCAUACUGGUGAAAAACCUUUUUCGUGUGGAGUUUGCACCAAACAAUUUACACAAAGUUCAGCUUUAAAACAGCAUAUGAAAAUUCAUACCACUGGAAAAAGUAAAUUUGAAUGUGACAUAUGCACCAAACAGUUUUCAAACAAGUCUUAUUUAAAACUACAUAUGAAAUUGCACACUGGUGAAAAUCCUUUUGUGUGUGAAGUUUGCACCAAGCAGUUUACUCAAAGUUCUUCUUUAAAAGUACAUAUGGCAAUGCACACUGGAGAAAGUCAAUUUGAAUGUGAAGUAUGCGCCAAACAGUUUUCUCAUAGUUCUCAUUUAAAACUUCAUAUGAUAAAGCACUCUACUGAAAAACAGUUUGAAUGUGAAAUAUGCACCAAACAGUUUUCACACUAUUCUUCUUUAAAUAUGCAUAAGAAAAUACACACUGGAGAUAACCUUUUUGGAUGUGAAAUUUGUACCAAACAGUUUGCAAGAAGUCAAGAUUUAACGAGACAUUUGAGAAUACACAAUGGAGAAAAACUAUUUGUAUGUAACAUAUGCUCAAAACAGUUUUCACAAAGUGCUCACUUAAAGAGUCAUAUGCUAACUCAUACUGGUGAAAAACCUUUUGAAUGUGAAGUUUGCUCCAAACAAUUUACACAAAGCUCUUCUUUAAAACAGCAUAUGAUAAGGCACACUGGAGAAGGUCAAUUUAAAUGUGAGAUAUGCACCAAACAGUUUUCACGAAGUGCUAACUUAAAAAUUCAUAUGAUAACUCAUACUGGUGAAAAACCUUUUACAUGUGAAGUUUGCGCCAAACAGUUUACUCAAAAUUCUUCUUUAAAAACACAUAUGAAAAUGCACUGUGAAGAGAGUAAAUUUGAAUGUGAAAUAUGCACCAAACAGUUUUCACAAAGUGCUCACUUAAAAGCUCAUAUGAUAACUCAUACUGAUGAAAAACCUUUUGAGUGUGAAGUUUGCACCAAGCAGUUUACACAAAGUUCUUCUUUAAAAAAGCACAUGGAAAGGCACACUGGAGAAGGUCAAUUUGAAUGUGAAAUUUGUAGCAAACGGUUUUCACGAAAUCAUGAUUUAACGAGACAUUUGAGAAUACACAAUACAGAAAAACUAUUUGUAUGUAACCUGUGCACAAAGCAGUUUUCACAAAGUGAUUACUUAAAGACUCAUAUGAAAACUCAUACUGAUGAAAAACCUUUUGAGUGUGAAAUUUGCUCGAAACAGUUUAAACAAAAUUGUUCUUUAAAACUGCAUAAGAAAGUACAUACUGGUGAUAACCUUUUUGGAUGUGAAAUUUGUACCAAACAGUUUGCAAGAAGUAAAGAUUUAACGAGACAUUUGAGAAUACACAGUGGAGAAAAACUCUUUUCAUGUAAAAUAUGCAACAAACAGUUUUCACAAAGUGCCCACUUAAAGGGUCAUAUGCUAACUCAUACUGGUGAAAAACCUUUCAAGUGUGAAGUUUGUAUCAAAGCGUUUACACAAAGUUCAGCUUUAAAACAGCAUAUUAAAAGGCACACUGGAGAACUUAAAGUUAAAUGUGAAAUAUGCACCAAACAGUUUUCACAAAGUGCUCACUUAAAAGUUCAUAUGAUAACUCAUACUGGUGAAAAACCUUUUACAUGUGAAGUUUGCGCCAAACAGUUUACUCAAAAUUCUUCUUUAAAACAGCAUAUGAAAAGGCAUGCUGGAGAUAAUUGAGUCUGAAGUACAGGGCCGCCGAGAGAGAUGAGCGGGCCCCAGUAAGAAUUGAAGAGCGGGCCCCGGAAAAAAGUGACGAGCGAAAAAAUUGUUUAAUUUUUAUAGAAAUAAAAUUGUCAAUAAUAAAUAAUAAGUAUUUCAAAUAUAACUUUUAUUAAAUUUUGACUAUAUUUUUAUAAUAGUGAAAAUAUUUACAAUACC